AUGCAUGUCUACGUUUGCUUUGUCCCUCUCUAGAAUCCUAAACCCAUCCAUCGCCGUCGCCCGCCGUCGCGCCGUACUGAUCAUCUCCGGCGCUCCUCCUCCUCCUCCUCCUCCGCCGCCAUCCCUCCUCCAUUUCAAGCAUCCUCGCAGCCAUCGCAUCCCGAAGAUCCCGCAGAAAUGAGAGCUUCACGGCGUUUGCUUCUCCUCCGAACCCACUUCCGUUCAACGUCGAACGUCCCGGGACACUGUCCGCAUCCGAACCCGCACUCGUUUCGCCGCUCGGCGCCGCUUUUCCGCGCGAACCCACUUCACAGCUCACCUCCGGGACCCCCGUUCGACGACCAAGUCGGGAGCUUGGCGGGACCCAGUAGCUCUUUCGCGGCCAGGCCCUUGAAGGACUCGGAUCACGCGGCUGUCGCCGGUGCGUUCGCCAAAUUCGAGGACUACGAAGAUGCGGCGGAGGAGCUGGAGUCGAGCGAUGUCGCCGUGAGCCACGACUUGAUUGUGAAGGUCUUGGAGAGUCUCUCUGCCAGGCCUCGCGCCGCGGGUAAGUUUUUCGAUUGGGUUUCGGAGAGGCACGGUGAGAGAUUGAGCUCGAAGUCGUAUAAUUUGAUGCUGGGUAUCUUGGGUGUGAACGGCUUAAUCUCUGAAUUUUGGGGUUUGUUUGAGACUAUGAAGAAACGGGGUUAUGGCGUGUCGGGACGCGUUAGAGAUGAAGUGUUGGAGACGUUUGAGAAAGCGGGGAGAGAGAGUGAUGCGGAGAAGCUGAAAGGCGUUUUUUCUUCUGGAUCGGUUAAUAGCUCUGUUGAGAAGAAUUCCUCCAGUAUUUGUAAAAUAGUGAAGAAUUUGGUUUGGAGUGAAGAUGUCGAGAAGAAAUUGUGGGAGUUAGAUGUCGAGUUUUCAAGUGAUGUGGUUAAGAGGGUACUGGAAAAUCUUGCUACCGAGCCCAUGAAAGCAUUGAUAUUAUUCCGGUGGGUCGAAGAAAGUGGUUUAUUUAAGCAUAAUGAGCAGACAUAUAAUGCCAUGGCAGUUGUCUUGGGGAGAGAAGAUUGUAUUGAUAGAUUUUGGAAGCUGGUCGAUGAAAUGAAGGUUGCUGGCUAUGAAAUGGAAGUAGAGACUUAUGGCAAGGUAUUGGGUCGGUUUUGUAAGAGAAAGAUGAUGAAGGACACGGUCUAUUUAUAUGAGUUUGCAAUGGGUGGUGCCAAUAGGCCUUCAGCGACGGAAAGUACAUUCCUAUUGAGAAAAAUAGCCGUUAGCAAGGACUUUGAUAUGGGUCUUUUUUCUAGAGUUGUAAAGGUUUAUACAGAGAAAGGGAAUGUGCUGACAGACUCCAUGCUUUAUACGGUUUUGAAGUCUUUAGCCAGUGUAGGAAGAUUGGGGGAGUUCAACAAGGUUUUGAAAGUAAUGCAGGAGUGCGGGUUCUUACCUGGUUGCAAUCUCCGGAGCAAAAUUGCAUUCGAGCUUAGUAGUACUGGUAAAAAGGAUGAGGCAAGCAAAUUCAUGGGUACACUAGAAUCGUCUGGUGUUACUUCUGAUUUCAGGACCUCUACAUUGCUAAUAGAAGGGCAUUGUGUUUCGGGAGAUUUUGAAAAGGCUUCUGAUUAUUUCCAUGAGAUGGUUCAGAAGGAUGCAGGUUCUUCUGCUAGCUGUGCUCUUGAUUCACUGGUUAAUGCAUAUUGCGAAAAGGACAGAACUUUUGAUGCUUGGCAAAUUUUGAAUGAUUGUGCAUCCAACAAUGGAUUGAAGCCUCGGCAUACGACCUACAAACUUUUGAUAGAGAAAUUGCUGGCUCAAGGAGGAUUUGAAGAUGCAUUGAAACUUUUGAGUUUGAUGAAGGAACAUGGAUACCCACCUCUCCUUGAUCCUUUUAUUCAGCACGUAUCGAAGAAAGGAACCAAAGACGAUGCUCUUGCUUUUCUAAAGGCAAUGACCUGGAAAAAAUUCCCAUCUACAUCUGUGUUUCUUCAAACGUUUGAAGCCUUCUUCAAGGCUAGAAGGCAUAAUGAAGUACAAGAGCUUCUUUCUAAGUGCCCAAGACACAUACGUAACUAUGCAGAUGUUUUGGAUCUCUUUUGUUCAAAGUCUAAAGUCACUGUCGCCACUGCAGCUGCAUAAUCUUAUAUUCAAGAAUUUUGGCUGGAAAAAGAGUUUUUGUUGCAUUUGUUCGCCAUGCUAUGUGCUUGAAAUGCUACCGUGAUUGGUAAUCCUUUAAACCUGCAAUUGCAGGACGCAUGGCUUUUUUUGUUACUGUUUUUCAACUAAGGCAAAUAUCAGCUGGGCUGUUGGUCUUGAGCUGUCCUUCCCUCCCCUUCGAUGAUUUAUCAGCAAAUUCCUCAAUGUUUAAUUAAUUAAA